AUGGGGAGGCGUGAUUUCUUCAUAAAUCUACCAUCAGUGCUCACCACCAACAUCCUCUCACGCCUCCCUCUCCGAACCCUUGCAAUCAGCAAAUGCGUCUGCAAACCAUGGCGCAAUCUCCUCUGCUCUCUCGAUUUCGCCAAAUCCCUUCUUUCCGAUUUCGAAACCCCUCCCGACCUUGCUUGCUUGACGCCGAAUUAUAGGUUGAGUUUUGGAUUCUGUAAAUACCGAGUCGAGGAAUCUUGGACCUUUGAGUACAGGUUGAGUUAUAAUGGUUUUGAUUUAAAUUUUGGCGAUUGCUAUGGAAUAGAGUCUGAUUAUCCUAUCAAAGUUUUCAAUGAUGGUGACAUUUUGAUGUUGAUGGUGACAAAACACAUUGACUUCUACUACCAGAAGACGCGUCUCAUCUACUACUCCAGCAAGACAGGUACUAUUGAACAACUCGGUCUGGUUCAUGAACAUCUCGGUCCGAUUGAUGAAUCACUCAGUACGAUUGAGUAUUCCAAUAGGCUUACGGAACAACUCCGUAAGUUUGAGGAAUUUUACGGAUUUGGAAUGAGCAAAAAUAGCGGGCAAUAUAAGGUGCUCUGUACCGAUGUAAACGCGAGUUCCGACUCUUAUCGUCAUGUAUACACCCUUGGAACAGGAACAUGGAGGCGCGUUGAGGCUGACGAUGUUUCUGGUAUCGGAAUCUGUUCGGCUGGAUACAUUGUUUUUAAUGGCAUCCUCCAUUGGAUAGGAGGAGAAGAUGAUUUGGCUCUUACCUUAUGGGUUUGUGGUUUCGAUCUUGAAACCGAAUGUUUUGACAUCUUCUCUCCUCCUCCUCCUCCGCCUGUAGACGGACGUGGCCAUCAAACCAGGGAGUUGUCUACUUUGAGGGACUGCCUCUGUUAUUCGUACACAUGGGAAGAUGAUAUUGUCAUCUGGUUGAUGAAGGUCAUAUUGUACAAGAUAAGUAGAAAUGGUUUUGAUAUAGAUUGGGAUUUUGCAACUGAUUGGAAAUAUAUGGGUGUUACACCAAUUAAACUUUUUAAGGAUGGUGACAUUUUGAUGCUGCUGGACGAAAAGCGGCUCAUCUACUACUCCAGCAAGACAAGAACUAUUCAACAAGUCGGUAUGUUAAAUGAUGCAAAUGCAUAG